CAACUCUCGGAUCGAAGGAGUCACGCUUCACAAUUACGAAUGAAGUCGAUAGCAAAUUUGGCAAGUGAUACGCCGCAACAAAAGAGAAGAAGAAGGGGACAGGAUGAGGAUACUUUCGGAAUGGAUGACAACGAUUGGUCUAUUUACAAGGAAAUAAGUAAAGAAGAAGAUGCGUGGGAAGAAGAGGAAGAACAUUCCCAAUUAAAGGAAUAUGAAACAAAACUUCUUCGAUAUGACCCAACAUUUUUACCUGAGCACACUUUUGAUGCGAAAAAUUCUGUUAAGAAUUCACUUUUAUUCAUGUUUACCCGUGGGGUUGCGCCGCCGUACGACCCGGAAGAUUUCGCGCAAAUACAUCAAUUACAUGUUAAUAUCGAAAGAAUUAGGGUUCCUGAAGCGUUAUUUCAACCAAGCAUACUGGGAUUAGACCAAGCCGGAAUAGUAGAAACUUUUGGUGAUAUUAUUAGUAGGUUCAAUGAAGAACAGAGAAAAAAGAUGGUGCAGUCCGUAUUUAUUACCGGAGGACAUACUCAAACUCCAGGAUUACUAAACAGAUUGAAUAUUUCGCUUCGAUCAAUUUUACCAGCUGGAUCGCCCCUUAAGAUAAUUCAUGCAAAGGAUCCGGUACUUGAUGCAUGGCAUGGCGCGGCAAUGUGGGCAAGAACGAACGACUUUAAAAACCAUGUU